AACAAACCCAUAGCUAGUGGUGGGCAAGGCUAUGCACACUCCCCAAGUCGUCGUCAUGAUGCGCUCUAUUAUUACUUUUCACGGCUCGUAGCUCCUAUUUGGAAUCACGCCAUAUGCCGAGUAAAGAAUGGAGUCCUAAUUACAUCGUUGAGUUCGGAAGAGAUGGAUUGGUUGUCCAAUGAGCUUCGAAAACUGGGCCAAGUAAUGGAAAAGUAUAACCUUUUACCUAAACCGGAUGUCACGUGGAACAAUACUGCAACAGGAAAAAUGAAUGUUCAAGCCUCAAGCAUGGAGCGACAGUCACUCGUGGCACUUCGGAAGUUAAUUGAAUCUUCUGCAGAAGUUCUCUCUUUGUGGUCAUCGGCGAACUCGUUCGACUUGAAAGCGAUUUCUGCAAGCAUGGAGCCGGGGUCCCUCCCUACCUUGGCCGGACGUCCAUUCUGCCAUCUUGUCUGCGAUGGUCAGCAUCUCAAUGGAGACCUUAUUAGAACUAUGAUAAAGUACUUCCUUGGCGACGAAGCGGGAACAAAAGAACUGUCAGAACGCCUCAGGGCAUUAUGUCCGAACCUGUAUUCAAAGGAUGAUGCAUGUGUGACGAACGCUAUGGAACAGCUGAAACUGGCGUCUGUAGCGAACUCAGCAGCUGCUCGAAGGAACCUCGUAGAUCGGGCGUGCGAGCUGUUUCGCCAGUCCAUUGGAAAGGUUUCACUGCCGGUGGCGAAGCGAGACGAUCCCAAGCAACUAGCGCUAAUUGCAUACCGUCAUGGUCGUGGCGGGGAAGAUCGUGAAAUGCAGGCUGCAGAAAAACGACGAGCAGAGAGUUACAAGUGCAUCACGGAUACGCUAGAUGAUUUGGAAGUAGCUGCCUCAAAGCCAUCUCCGACAUCGGCUGAA